GCUGUUGAGAGCAACGUUCACGUAAAGCCAAAUGUCGUCAGUGUUUUCACCUGUUUAGAGACUUAGUUUUUAUUUAUUAAUUUGCCUAUGGCACAACACAAACGUGUUCAUUUGGAAGUCAGCUUUUAAAGGGAUGAAAAGGCUAAAGAAGAAGAAACAAAACGCUGGAGUUGGAGUGAAUGGGAAUGGAUCUGUCACAAGAGAACCACAUUGUGGAAGAAAACAGAAGUUGGCUGAGAUUCAUCAGGCUUUGAUCAGUGAUCCAGUGGACAUUGAGACCUUGAGGAGAGCAGCAGCCAGUAAGGGAGGACUGCUCACUGAUGAACUGAGGAGGAAAGUCUGGCCCAAACUACUGAACAUCAAUGUGUAUGAUCUACCCCAUAAACCUGGUCGAGAUGUGAGGGAGAGCCACAAGGACUACAACCAAGUAGUCCUGGAUGUCAGGAGGUCCAUGAAGCGGUUCCCUAAAGGUAUGCCAGCCACAGAGAAAGCCAUUCUUCAGGAGCAGCUGAUUGACAUCAUACUGGAGGUUUUGAAAUGCAGCCCUCAGCUCCAUUACUACCAAGGCUACCACGAUGUGGCCGUCACUCUGCUGCUGGUAGUUGGGGAGCGGAUGGCCAUCGCCAUGCUGGACACUCUGUCCAAUCACCAUCUCAGGGAUUUCAUGGAUCCUACCAUGGACAGCACUAAACACAUUUUAAAUUAUCUGAUGCCUAUAUUGGAACAGGUUGAUACAGAACUACAUGAGUUCAUGAUCAGAGCGGAGGUGGGAACCAUCUUCGCACUAUCCUGGCUCAUUACUUGGUACGGCCACGUGCUGUCAGACUUCAAACACACCAUGAGACUCUACGACUUCUUCUUGGCCUCACACCCACUGAUGCCCAUUUACCUGGCCGCUACGGUAAGAGGGAAUUUGAUUGUGUUGUACAGAGAGAAGGAGGUGAAGACGACUGAGUGCGACAUGGCCAUGGUCCACCACCUCCUCUCCCGCAUCCCCCAGGACCUCCCGUAUGAACUCCUGAUUGGCCAGGCCCAGGACCUGUUUGACCAGUACCCUCCAUCUCUACUGGCCAAGCGGGCAGCACUGCAGUCUCGCAAGAGUCUGUCCAUCAACACCUUCCAGGCGUUUCAACUCUCCACCCUCCACCAGAGGCCCGACUCAGUUCUCCAACGCCUCACCAAGGCCCAGGGCUCCACCACCUCCAGACACGCCUCUCGACACUCAGGACUGGAAGCAGCUUUGCCCCGAGACCGCGGCCAGCUGUGUGGGAAGGGGAACACGAUUGUGAAGAUGGCAGUGUGGGGGCUGUCCGCUACGCUCGGGGCGGCCGUGUUCGCUGUGGCUCAGACAGCUAUGGACUGGGGACCUGAGGUGUUACUCCAACUGUUCUGACGUGGCGGUGGGGAUUUAGACUGUUAGACACACACACACAUGGCGACUGCAGACACAUAUCUGCUCUUCAGAUAGAUAAAAUUAAAAAAAGAUUACACACACAAACAAAGACGGUGAAGACUUGAAGCUUGUCUCUCCUGCUGAGAGGAAACGUUGCAGAAAAGUAGGAGGAGGUCAGUUAUCUUGGUGCCAAACAGGUUGUUGCUACUCAACCACACUGAACAUAUGUUAGAUACUAGCCAGCCUCAGGAUGUGUGUCAGCAGGUUUAUGUGUGUUGUCUGUGUCUGAGCGGGUACCCCAGACCUUAUACCACAUGUGAGCAUGGAUGGAUAACUGAACAAGCCUACCGGGGCCUCUGACCGCUUGGACCUUUUGGCCCAGAGCCUCUGUAUGAAGUGACUGUUAACAGUUUGCUUUAAGGGUCAUUGAAACCACCACAAAUACCCACAAAACAACCACAAAGAGAUGCUAAGUGACCACAAAGAGACACAAAACAACUACAAAAUGACCAAAAAAAAGACGUUAACACAUUGUUUUGCAGUCGUAAGGUGUCUCUCAGUCUGGGGAUCUUGCUCCUAUGUAAGAGGGGUGGGGGCCUUUACAUGUUUGUGCCCAGGGGCCUAUUGUCUCAUUAGCUAUCCAUGCAUGUGAGAUACUAACACAUCUUGCUUUUUCAGGCUGUUGCUCACGGUACCAUCAGUGUAACAUUUUACAUUGUGUGUUUGCUGUUAGCUGAUUAUUUUGCUGAUAACUCGUUUUUAGACUGUCAUGCUUAUUUCGUUGCAUUUCUGUUGACAGUGUUUUAGUGCGCUUGUUGGAUCAGCAGCCAUAUCUAAGAGCCAAAAGUGCCCUUAGCCAGCACGAUAACACAUGAAUACAAAUUAUUAAAGAGCGGUGUUUUCUGCUGAAAGCUUCCAGUUAUGAGCAAAGAAGGAGAGCAGGGGAGAAAUGGGAAAGAUGGAGGGAGUGAUUUUGCCUGUGAGCCACUGGUAUUAAUUGCUUUACUCCAGGUGUCAGCGAGUUACAUUUACAGUCGAGUUUGACGCACAAGAUGAGUUGCUGCUGCCCCAAAAUGUAAACAUUACACAUGGUUAGCACGCUGCACUCAAUGCAAGCAGUGGGCCUUUUGCUGAUGCAUUUUGCAGGAGUUAUAGAAAUAUAUAUAUUUUGUUAUGUUUUUUGGCUGUUGUGGUAGCGUACCACUGCUGAAUGAAUAUGGGGAAGAGACCAGUACUUUUACGUUCUUAAAAUAUUUAAGAGGUUUGGGUUUGCGCUAACAUCCACAUUGAGCAGUCAGCAACAGAACAACAGUACAUGGACUCAGUUCUUCUUCAUUAUCUUUCUCUUCAGCAUUUUACAGCUACAGUGAUUAGUUUAAUUAUGUGAAAUUGGGUUUUUAUUUUUCUUGUAGUUAAUAAUACAGGCUGUUUCCAAUUGAGGUACAUACAUAUUUACAGGGCACAGGGGUUUCUCCAAACAGCAAUCCAUGUUCUGUGUGCCGACCAAUAUUCUGAAAUAUUCAUCAGCUUUUACCAGUAUGUUGCAGAGUUGCAUCUGUUAACACAACUUCACUGGAGUCAGAGCACUCUCAUCCCUCCUUUCUCCGUCAUUAGAUAUGCAUUUUUGGCAUUUUUGCAGGAAGUCAGAUUGGAUGGGAAGUUUACCCUGUUGAUUUUAGUUGCUCUUUAGUGUAUGAAUUCAACUGAUUUGUGCUUUUUUUUUGUACAAAAUUACUGUAGUACAUGUGUAGUACAAAUCUAGGGUACUCCAUUUCUAGCCUCAGGGCGAUCUGAGAAGGAUUGCAGAGCUGAGUAGUUAACAAACCAGUCAAUCAAUCUAUCACUCCAUUAGUAGUUAGUGUCAGGCAUUCUUCAGAAAAUGCCAUUUGCAGCGAUUUUGAUUGGUGAUAAUCAUUCAAUGAUUUUAUUAGAGAGUCAAUAAAUCAAUUAAUGGCCUGUAACUCAGGUAGUCAGCUGGCCUACGAGGCAGUUCAGACAUCUAGUCAGUCAGUAAGCUGUAGUGGUUGUUCAAAUAGACCUCUGCAUGUUCCACUUUUUCAGUCUGACAAGCUGUGUGUGUGUGUGUGUGUGUGUGUGUGUGUGUGUGUGUGUGUGUGUGUGUG